AUGACUAAGUCAAAAGAUGAAAGUAUAGCACUCAAAUUUGGUCUUGGCCUCGUCGCUGGUCAAAUUUCGAUCUUUUGGGUUCACCCCUUCGAUCUUAUUAAAAAUCGAUUACAAACAAGUGGAGCAAGCCUUUCUCCUAUUUCAUGUGUUGGCCAAAUCGUCAAAGAAAAAGGCAUUCGCGGUUUUUACGAUGGAUUUUCCGCGUCGAUGAUGCGCCAAGCAACUUACACCACCGGUCGCCUUGGAAUCUACAGUAAUCUCUUGCACCAAUACAAAGUUUCUACUGGAGUACAAAAGCCGAACCUUUUCUGGACAACUUUGAUGGGCUCCACGAGUGGGGGCUUGGCGGCAAUAAUUGGAAACCCUGCUGACGUUGCGAUAGUACGAAUGACUGUCGAUUCUAAAUUGCCAAUCGAGCAGAGAAGAAACUACACUUCCGUUUUCAAUGCUUGGGCAAGGAUAGUAAAAGAGGAGGGAGUUCGAAAACUGUGGGUUGGAUGUAGACCUACUGUUGCUAGAGCAAUGGUCGUCAAUUCCUGCCAACUGUCGUUCAAUACUCAGACCAGAUACUUCAUAGAAGGAAAAGUGCCUUCAAUAAAUCCCUACUUGCUUUCGAUUCUCUCUAGCUGCUGCUCUGGGCUGCUAACAACCACGAUAGUGCUCCCGAUCGACUUUGCAAAGACAAGAAUUCAGAACGCAAAAGGACACCAAUACUCAGGCUGGCUCGAUGUUUGGAGAAAGACAGUCAAGAAUGAAGGAUUUGCCGUUCUCUGGAAAGGAUUUGGCCCUUACUUUGCGCGAACUCCAAUUACGUUAUUUAUAAUGGAUAUUUUACUGUACCAAUUUGGAAUGUCCAGAUAG